AACAAAGCGGACGUUAGCAGCACCAAGAAGCCGAGAUAAGAGAGAGCUAACACUACUGUAGUCUACUCAUUUCAUUGCUGAUUGUGUACUUAUUUCAACGCAUACGUGACGUGUGAUCAAGAAUUAGAAUCAAACCUUGUUAGCGUUCUUAAAUUAGCCUUUUUAGUGUGCUUUUGUUGCCAGCCGCCAAGGUUAGCCACGCGUCACUAAGCAGUGAAAUCAGAUACCUUUUGUGAUUGUGUGCAAAAUGUGCAAAGUCCAAAAGCUGCGAGUGUUGAUGGAGCAGCGACUCAAUGCUGCCGUGGAAGAAAUAUGUGCACUGUUGGAAAGAACCAUGGCGGAGUACGAGGAGGAACUUUCUCGGACAAAAGAGGAGAAAGAGCGGCAACGCCAAGUACUGGAGCCUCUUCCGCAACCUUGUGUAGACAACGCAGGUCUCCAGCAGGUGUCAGUAAAGCACCAAGAGGUUCAGUCUGAGCAGCAGGAGGGGAGCUCCAAUGUGGGGCAUAGCGAGCCAGAGCCCCCCCACUUUAAAGUGGAAAAGGUAGACGUGUGGGCCGGUCAUGACCAGGAGCAGCUUCAAGGACCGGAGGAGGCGUACAUCACCAACUUCCCAUUUACUGGUAUCCCUGUGAAGAGUGAUGAAGACACAUCUCAGUCCUCACAGCUUCAGCACAGUCAAAGUGAGGAGAACAGAGGGGUGGAGAUUCUAAAUCAACACAUGACAACAGGAGAUGAUGGAGAGCUCUACGGAGGAUCAGAGGGAGACCUUUUUGCUCCACUGUCAGAUAUUGACGACAUGAUGUCACAUUCUUCUGACACCAAUCACCACGACCCCACAGAACCUUUGGAGAGUAACACACACUUUAUCUGCACAGAAUGUGGUAAAACGUUUGCCACAAUGAAAAAUUUGAGGCUACACGCAAGAACACACAUUCAACACAGCGACCGAGUGUUAAGCUGCCCUCAGUGUGAGAAAAUGUUUGCCACCAAGAAAAAUUUGAAUCGACAUAUGAUAACACACACUGGAGCGAGGCCGUUUGAUUGCCCAGUUUGUGGUAACAAAUUCUCCAGAAGUCACCACUUGAAACGACACAUGAAGGUACACACCGGGGAUAAGCUCUUCCCCUGUUCGGUUUGCACUAAAAGAUUUUUGAAUAAGGGCGACAUGGUGGCACACAUGAAGACACACAAACAGGAGCAGCCUUUACCCUGCUUGAUUUGUGCCAAGGGAUUCUCCAAAAAAUGUCAUUUGGAGAGACACAUCAGAACACACACCGGCGAGAAACCAUUUUGUUGCACUGUGUGUGAUAAAAGGUUCUCUCGCAGAGAACAUAUUAAGUUACACAAAUGUAUCGGUGAUUCAAGAGCAACUACUUGA